AUGAAGGAGAAAUCCAAAACUGCCGCAAGGACUAGACGGGAAAAGGAGAACAGCGAAUUCUAUGAACUGGCCAAAAUGUUGCCUUUACCCUCGGCUAUCACGUCUCAGCUGGACAAAGCGUCUAUAAUACGACUGACAACAAGUUAUCUGAAGAUGAGAAUUGUCUUCCCUCAGGGUUUGGGUGAAGCUUGGGGUCACACGAGUCGAACGAGAUCUUUGGACAAUGUAGGACGUGAGCUGGGAUCCCAUCUUCUCCAGACAUUGGACGGCUUCAUCUUUGUUGUGGCGCCGGACGGAAAGAUCAUGUACAUAUCUGAGACAGCAUCAGUCCAUUUGGGACUCUCUCAGGUAGAGCUAACCGGGAACAGUAUUUACGAAUAUGUUCACCCCGCCGACCACGACGAAAUGACUGCCGUUCUCACUCCACAUCAGCCGUACCACUCACAUUUCGUCCAAGAAUGCGAGAUGGAGCGCUCUUUCUUCUUGAGGAUGAAAUGUGUGCUGGCGAAGAGAAACGCCGGCCUCACCAGUGGUGGAUAUAAGGUGAUCCACUGCAGCGGUUACCUAAAGAUCCGUCAGUACAGCCUGGACAUGUCGCCUUUCGACGGCUGCUACCAGAACGUGGGCCUUGUGGCAGUGGGACACUCUUUGCCUCCCAGCGCGGUGACAGAGAUCAAGCUGCACAGCAACAUGUUCAUGUUCAGAGCCAGCCUCGACAUGAAUCUAAUCUUCCUCGACUCGAGGGUGGCAGAGCUGACUGGUUACGAGCCCCAGGACCUCAUUGAGAAGACCCUGUACCACCACGUCCACAGCUGUGACACCUUCCACCUGCGUUGUGCCCACCACCUGUUGCUGGUGAAGGGCCAGGUGACCACUAAGUACUACCGCUUCCUAGCCAAACAGGGAGGCUGGGUGUGGGUGCAAAGCUACGCCACCAUUGUCCACAACAGCCGCUCCUCCAGACCCCACUGCAUCGUCAGCGUCAACUACGUUCUUACAGAUACUGAGUAUAAGGGAAUGCAGCUAUCCUUGGACCAGAUGACCCCUAGCAAGCCAGCGUUCCACUACAACAGCCCUCCGAGUAGUACAGAGGAGAGGAAGGGGACCAAGUCCCGUAUGACACACACCAAGGCCAAAAUCAGAGUGUCUCCCUACCCACAGCAGUUUUCAGCCUUUCAACCCGAGCGUUCCGAGUCCGACCAGGACAGCCAAUGGGGAGGCAGCCCUCUGACAGAAUCUGCCUCCCCUCAGCUGCUGGACCAAGGUGAGGGAGCGGAGGGCGGGGCCUGUGCCUACAGACUCUACCCUGACUCCGGCUCCCUCUGCUAUGGCCUGGCUCUCUCCGAGGAGGACCUCACGCACAGCCACACCCACACCCACUCCCACCAUCCUGCCACUGCCUGCGACAGCGGUGCCCACUGCCAGGCUGGCCGUUACUUCCUGGGCGCUGCUCCCCAAUCUGGACGGGAGGCCUGGUGGGACGCAACACGCUCCGUCCUCUCCCUGCCCAAGUCAUCUUUGGAGAAUGGCGAGGGCUACGACCUCGCUUCCUACCACAGCGUGGUCCAUGGAAGGGGUCACUGGGACGAAGAGAGUGUGGUCAGCUCACCGGAAGGGGGCGGAGGCUCCACCAGUGACUCGGGCGAGCGUUGCCGCGAUGGCACUGGCAGUGACCAUUUCCGGGCGAGUCCUCAGGAGCCCAGCAAGUUGGAGACUCUGAUCCAUGCCACGCAGCACAUGAUCAAGGAGGAGGAGAGCCGUUUGCAGAUGCGCAAGGGGCCACUGGACGCCCUGGGCCCAGUGGGGGGCCCCUCCAACAACAGCCACAGCCCCUGCUCCUUCACUUCCUCCGCCCUGCCCCUCCCUCAGGCCGCCAUGCCUGGCGUGGUGUGCCGCGGGCCGGGGGUCGCCAACGGCAUCAACCUCACCCUCACCUCCGAGCGCCUCUAUCCCCGCGAUGAUGGCGGCAAGGUUUUGGAUUCCCACGGAAACAUCGACAACAACACAGCCAGUCCGGCGUCUCUGUCGCGCCUCAGCAGCCCCAGCACCGAUGGGAUCCCCAGGUCAGGCCUGUCUGUCUCAAAAGACUACCUGCAGGGUCAGACAGACGUCUCGCCCCACCACCACCCUCUAGGGCAGCAGGGGAGCCCACUGCUUUACCAGGCUCAGGAGAUGCAGCCCCUGGACAGACAUGCUGCCUACGCCCUGACCGGCUACUCCCAGGUGCACCUGUAUGACGCAGAGAGCCUGAGGAACUACUCGGGGCUGGGCUGCGGAGGGGCUCAGUACGACAUGGUGCCCCACAUGAGGAUGCAGGCCGACCAGAUGCAAGUACACAAGGGCACAUCAGUGAUCAUCACCAAUGGGAGCUGA